CAUGCUGGGUGUGGAAAUGUGCCCUAGUUUGGCCCUGGGACCCCCGAGACGGAGCGACCGCUGCCACAGAGAUGAAGCCCCAGCACACGCUCUCGCUCCUCGACUGUCGCCCGCUGCAGAGACGGCUGGAACGCCUCAGAACCGCGUCAGAAUGGAGCUGGAGAACGCAGCCCUGUGGAAACAGUUCAGCACGGUGGGCACUGAGAUGAUUGUCACUAAGAAGGGCAGGAGAAUGUUUCCUCAGCUGCGAGUCAAGCUGUCAGGGCUCAACCCGUCUCUGCGUUACAUUCUUCUCUUAGACAUCGUUCCUGUGGAUUCCUCUCGCUAUCGGUUUCAGGACAGCAGCUGGCAGGUGUUCGGCGGAGCGGAGGCUCGUCUGCCGGAUCGUGUCUUCAUCCACCCGGACUCACCCGCCACCGGAGAACACUGGCAGAACCGCACUAUAUCCUUCCACCGGGCCAAGCUCACCAAUAACACUCUGGACGCACAAGGAUAUAUCAUUCUCCACUCUCUGCAUCGAUACCAGCCGCGGGUUCAUGUGAUUGAGGCCCGAGACGUGCUGAUGUGGGGCAGAGCACAGCACUCCUUCAGCUUCCCUGAAAUGCAGUUUAUUACCGUCACUGCGUACCAGAACAGCAAGAUCACCGAACUGAAGAUAAACUCAAAUCCUUUUGCGAAAGGCUUUCGAGAGUAUGGCAUGAACUGCAAGAAACAAAGAGAUGCCAGACUAAAGAGGAAAAUUACGUCCAGUCAAGAGGAAUCUUUGGAUAUUGAGUCAUGUGACCCAUGUGAUUCCACGGAGCUCCUCCCACAGUCGGUGGAAAUCCCAAGCUCCGCCCUCUCCAUGAUAAACACCGCCCUCCCAUUAACAGACUCGGGUUUCCACACAGAAGUACCAUCUCUCCCAGAUCAGACCGUCUCUGACCAACCCCUCGCGCUUGGACAGGCCUUCUUGAGCUCUGAGAUUCCCUCCUCAAUGGAGAGUCAACAACAGACAGCCUCUGAAAACAAUGUAAACAACACACUGAUGGAUGGGUCUGGACAAAUGAUGGGCCUCUCCGGAUACUCCUCAGCUUUCCCCACUCCUCAGCUCAGCUCCUCUUUGCCUCAGUCGUCUUCCAUCUAUUCCGUGGUUUCCUCCACACAGAGCUCUGACCUGGAGCUCCCGCCGUCCUCAACCAUUCCCUCACCCACAUACUCCUCUAUGCCUCCAUCGGACUAUCCUGGUCUGAACACCUCCACGACUAUGCCCUCCUCGACAACCUCUCCUCCAGGCUCUUCAUACCCUCCCAUCUCUCCGUACCUGCUCCCCUCUUCAUCCUACUACGCUCUUCUUCCGACAGACCAAUCCCAGGACAACCUAAGCCCUCAUACGUCCACAAAUCCACCUUUCCAAUCCAUCCCCCCCUCUUCUUGUCAAGGUUCUGGGUUAACGAUUGACCCUGGCCGAAAUCAAGUGGAUGAUGGAAGAUUAGGCUCAUCCAAUGCAAUGACUCCUGCAAUCCAAAACCCAACCCAAACGGCCUUUCCCUUCCCUCCGGUGCAGUCCUCAAAUGACCCCGAUCCAUCAUCCCCUCCGUGUAGGAGUCUAUCCUUCCCCCCAGUGCCGCAGUGCAACCCAAUUCCCACUCCUUCCGACCCAAACUCGACUCCAGCUGCAUUCCCCUUCCCUCCGGCAGCACAGUCCACUCCUAACUCUAUGAUGACAGCUUCAAACCCGAACCCGACGCUCUUCUCCUUCCCCUAUGUUCAGCAGAACCCUAGCCUCAGCUUGAGUACCUCUGGACCUGCUCAAACUCCAGCCACUGGUUCUUUUCCAGUUUCCCAAUCCUCAUCCAUCCCAACAGUUCCAAACCCAGUUUAUCCAACAACUGGAUCUUUUCCCUUCCCUUCCACCAAUUUUAGCCAUCAAGGCUUGGUGCAAUCAGUUUCCAACGCACUGCACACUUCCGCAGCAUACGCCGUCCCUUUAUUCCCUGCACCCAAACACACUGCUCCUGCUCCUCUCCCAAACCCUGCUCACACUUCUUACCCACAUCCGCUCCAGAGCCUGACUCUGCCCUCAUCUAGCUCCAUCCACUGUGUCCCUGCCAUCCCAAACACAAUCCAAAUUCAGUCUGCCUUUACCCAGUCAUUCCCUAAUCCCUCCUUCCCUCACAUCCCAGCCCAAACGGCAAACCCUGCUCAAAUUCCAUCCCAGUCCUUUCCCCCAAUCCACAGCUCUCAGUUACUGUCUCAGUUUAAUCCAGCCUCGACCCAUCCGCAAUGCCCUUCCUCUUCAAACGCCUACCCCGCCGUAGCUCGCUCUGAGAUAGGCAGCUUCUCGCAGCUCAAUUCCUAUCUGCCAGAUGUGGUACUGCACCCUUCUUUGCUCCCUUCCCUAGACUCCUCGCUCUCCUCCUCUGCUCCCCCGUCCCUUUAUAACCCUUUUCCUUCCUACUCACUCCGUCUUUGCCAGGAUCCUCGGUCCUCCCUGCAUUUACCCCUAAGGCAUAUUUACACACAGCCACAGCAUGCUCAUGCUCAAGGGUCUUACUUUGACCUUGGUGCAAGAGCAGUAUUCUGAGA